AUGCUUCCAUCCAUACCCACUGCAAAGGACCCCUUUUCUAGUGCCACGAACCCAGGGUCUCUGACGGAUGCGCUAACAUCUAAAGCAAGCGAUAAUGUUAGCUCAAGUGACAGCAAAGGAACCCACAUUCUUACCUCGCACCUGCCGAUGCCGGCCCCAGUUCCUUGUCUUGAUCAGUACCUAGAAACUCUGGAUGAGUUGACCACACUCCCCGAUCCACCGUCUAUUCCUGCAGAGACAAUCAGCAAAUGGCGCAAGAGGGCCGAGUCACAGUUACCUACCCAGACGGAAACAAAGCAAAUGAAGAAUGUUCAAGAGAUAGAUCAGGGCGCACCUUGCGCUAUCAAAGCGACACGUCAGCCAACACUGACUAUGACUGAAAGGUCAGAUAUCAGCGCACGCGUCGGAAUCAGCCGCUCAGCAAUGGCCAGCAAGAAACUCAAAGCUGCCAUGCUGGAAGGGACAUUUUCCAUGAAUCAGAAAAAGCUAGCCAGGUUUAAAGGAGAGUGUUCAGCUUAUGACUCUAUGGCCCAAUUCUGCACCGAGGACUCACGCUGGGAGGUCUUCCACUCGCGCUGUGGAAAGUGGGUGAAGAUCACUGAGGCUUACCUGGCCUCCAGGUUUGUGCAGCACGUUCUUCGCUGUAAGACACAGGAGACGACACGAGCAACGACGCUAGAUGUGUGGUUCAAGCCAGUGAAGUCCGCCAUCAAAUUACAACCAGCGCCGCAGAUUUUGCAGAACAAAGUCCACUCAAAGCCAGAGAGCGCUCGUCUAGAUGGAAUCGUUGUGCGUCCCUACAAUGGGAUUACCAUCGACAUCUGGCCUGAAGUUGCCAAACUAAUCGAGCGUGGCGUCAGGAGUGGAGGAGGACAGAAUGUCUUCGAUAUCUCUUGA